AUGUAUUCCUCAGGCACCAAUCUAAACCCAAACGGGUUGAAGUGGCAGACUCCCUGCAGCGCGCCGCAACGCGACCCUCCGAGAAAUCUGAAAGCUAUCCAACGCACUUCCCUUUCUCAUCAAUCCCCAACUCACCGGUCACAUUCCAAAUUCUUUAAUUUCUUUGACACGGUCGGAAUAUCUUUGAGAGCUUCUCCAUCAUGUGAGCCCCUCUGGGCGAUCCUGCUUGUCUCGCCUUCUAACUUCUUUCAUAGGGAGAGCUUCGACAACGUGUACCUGGACCUGUUAAAGCAGCCCGGCAAAUGCAAGCUGGCUGAGAGCGGUCUGGGAUGGCGCCCAUCUGGAGGCGGGGACACUUUCACUCUGGAUAGUAGCAAUAUUGGUGGUGCCCAGUGGAGUCGCGCCGCGAAAGGCUUCGAGCUGAGAAUCCUGUCGCGAUCCUCGGGUGUCAUCCAGCUGGAUGGAUUUGACCAAGAGGAUUUCGAACGGUUGAGCAAGGCUUUCAAAAUCUGGUACGGCAUCAACGUGGAGACCCGCGAACACGCCCUUCGAGGAUGGAACUGGGGCAAGGCAGAAUUCACCAAGGCCGAGUUGUCCUUUAAUGUGCAGAACCGACCUGCUUUCGAAGUCCCCUACUCCGAAAUUUCCAAUACCAAUCUGGCUGGAAAGAACGAGGUCGCGGUGGAGUUCGCGCUCUCUGCCACCGAUGCGAACGGUAAUGGCCAGCCGGCUGGCAGCACAAAGAACCGGGGUCGCAAGGCUGCUGCAGGAGCUGAUGAACUCGUGGAAAUGCGCUUCUACAUUCCAGGAACAGCUGUCAAGAAGGAGAAGGCCGAGGGUGCCGAGGGCGCUGAAGGCGAGGAGGACAACGACGAAGAGGUGGAGGAGCAAAAUGCUGCCAACCUCUUCUACGAAACUCUGAUGGACAAGGCUGAGAUUGGCGAGGUGGCUGGCGACACCUUUGCUACGUUCUUGGACGUUCUUCACCUUACACCCAGAGGUCGUUUCGAUAUCGACAUGUACGAAUCGUCCUUCCGUCUUCGUGGCAAAACCUACGACUACAAGAUUCAAUAUUCUGCCCUCAAAAAGUUCUUCUUGCUUCCUAAGCCCGACGAUACCCACACACUCAUUGUCUUGGGUUUGGACCCUCCGCUGCGUCAGGGUCAGACCCGAUACCCCUUCCUGGUUAUGCAGCUGAAGCUGGACGAGGAGAUCAGCCUCGAGCUGAACAUGACGGAGGACCUCCUGCAAUCCCAAUACAAGGAUAAGCUGCAACCACACUACGAAGAACCGAUUCACCAGGUGGUAACCAAGAUAUUCCGGGGCUUGUCCGGCAAGAAGGUUAUCAUGCCCUCCAAGGACUUUACCAGCCACCAUGGUCACCACGGGGUUAAGUGCUCCAUCAAGGCCAACGAAGGUUUGCUUUACUUCUUGGAUAAGAGCCUUAUGUUCGUACCCAAACCCGCGACCUACAUCCAGAUGGAGAACGUUGCCGUGGUCACAAUGUCGCGUGUCGGAGGUGCUGUGUCUGCCAGCCGGACAUUUGAUAUCACUGUCAGCCUGAAGGCAGGUCUCGGCGAGCACCAGUUCAGCAACAUCAACCGUGAGGAGCAACAACCCUUGGAGGACUUCUUCAAGGCCAAGGGUAUUCGCAUUAAGAAUGAGAUGGCCGAGGAUGCCUCGAAUCUUCUCAAGGCCGCUCUUAACAAUGAAGAUUUGAUGGAAUCCAGUGACGAGGAGGGCGCCCGCGCGGACCGUGGCUCGGCUGAUGAAGAUGACGAGUCACCCGAUGAGGACUUCCACGCCGACUCUGACUCGGACGUUGCCGAGGAAUUCGAUUCGGAUCACGAGAGCAGCGGCAGUGGCAGUGAUGCGGAGAUGGGCGAUGCCUCGGAUGGCGGAGGUGGCAAUGAUGCGGAGGAGGAGCGGCCGAAGAAGAAGACCAAGGUCGGAAAAUAG